CGCCUGUCUCUCUCUCUCUCUCUCUCUCUCUCUCUCUCAUACACACACCCGCACGCACACACACACACACGCGCACACGCACCCACCCACCCACACACACACACACACACACUCGCGCGCGCGCUCCUUUACUACGGCUGGCGAUGUGACGCGCCACGCUCGCCUUGUGGAAUAGCGGAGGAUCCAGCGCGUGAAGAAGCGGAGGAGUGCGGCUUUGCUUUUUUCCACGGAAAGGGAUGAAGCGACAGCGGAGGACGCCGAUGACCAUGACUGUGGAUUUUCUCACGUUUUUGUGCGCCGUCGCGGCUGUUUCAGGGAUGGAAGAGACGAUCUUGGACACACGGACUGCCACAGCUGAGCUCGGCUGGACAGCGUACCCUGCAUCAGGGUGGGAGGAGGUGAGCGGCUAUGACGAGAACCUAAACACCAUUCGCACGUACCAAGUGUGCAACGUGUUUGAGUCAAGCCAAAACAACUGGUUAGUGACUACGUUUGUACGGCGUCGUGCCGCCCAGCGUGUCUACGUGGAGAUGCGCUUCACAGUACGCGACUGCAGCAGCAUCCCACGUGUUCCCGGCUCCUGCAAAGAGACAUUCAACCUGUACUACUACGAGAGCGACCAGGUGAUUGCCACCAAGGGGGCCACAUUCUGGACAGAGGCGCCCUACCUCAAGGUGGACACCAUUGCUGCAGACGAGAGCUUCUCUCAGGUGGACUUCGGUGGGCGCCUCAUGAAGGUCAACACAGAGGUGCGCAGCUUUGGGCCGCUCUCCAAAAACGGCUUCUACUUGGCCUUCCAAGACUACGGAGCGUGCAUGUCACUGCUGUCGGUGCGUGUCUUCUACAAGAAGUGCCCGAGCGUUGUGCAGAACUUUGCAGUCUUCCCUGAGACUACAACCGGUGCUGAGAGCACGUCGCUGGUGAUUGCUCGUGGGUCCUGCAUCCCAAACUCAGAGGAAGCUGACGUGCCCAUCAAACUGUACUGCAACGGCGAUGGCGAGUGGAUGGUGCCCAUCGGUGGCUGCACCUGUAAGUCUGGCUUUGAGCCUGACAACGGCAAUAUCUGCAGAGCAUGUCCUCCUGGUACUUUUAAGUCCAUGCAGGGCACAGGGCUGUGUCUGCAAUGUCCUCCCAACAGCAGGUCCACAUCUGAGGCCUCCACCAUUUGUGUGUGCAGGAACGGCUACUACAGAGCAGAUGGAGACCUGCCAGACAUGCCCUGCACUAGUGUCCCGUCUGGUCCCCGGAACGUCAUGUCUGCUGUGAACGAGACGUCGGUGACCCUGGAGUGGCACGCGCCUCGUGAGACCGGAGGCCGAAGAGACGUCGUCUACAACAUCGUGUGUAAGAAGUGCACUGCAGAGCGGCGCUCAUGCUCGCACUGCGACGACAGCGUGGAGUUUGCGCCGCGCCAGCUGGGCCUCACCGAUACCCGUGUGUUCAUCAGCAACCUGUGGGCACACACACUAUACACGUUUGAGAUCCAGGCCGUCAAUGGUGUGACCAACAAAAGCCCGUACCCGGCGCAGCAUGUCUCUGUUGACAUCACCACUAAUCAGGCUGCUCCAUCCAUGGUUCCCAUAAUGCACCAGGUCAGCUCCACCAUGAGGAGCAUCACACUAUCAUGGCCACAGCCAGAACAACCCAAUGGCAUCAUACUGGACUAUGAGCUGCGUUAUUAUGAGAAGGAUCUAAUGGAGGUUAACUCGACAGUACUGAGGACGCAGACAAACACAGUUCGCGUAGACGGACUCAGGCCCGGCACAGUCUAUGUGGUGCAGGUUCGAGCCAGAACAGUGGCUGGAUUCGGCAAAUACAGCAAUAAGAUGUGCUUCCAAACUCUCACAGAUGAAGACUAUAAGUCAGAGUUGAGAGAGCAGUUGCCACUCAUUGCUGGCUCAGCGGCGGCUGGUGUGGUCUUCAUCGUGUCCCUGGUGGCCAUUUCUAUAGUCUGCAGCAGGAAACGAGCUUACAGUAAGGAGGCAGUGUACAGUGACAAGCUUCAGCACUACAGUACAGGCAGGGAACUUUCUUUGAGACCAGAUCUGUCUAACUGCCACUCCCCCAUGGGCUGCCCAACCCUGCCAGGCUCACCAGGGAUGAAGAUCUACAUCGAUCCAUUCACCUAUGAGGAUCCCAAUGAGGCUGUGCGUGAAUUCGCCAAGGAGAUUGACGUCUCUACUGUCAAAAUCGAGGAAGUCAUUGGAGCAGGUGAAUUUGGAGAGGUAUAUAAGGGGCGCCUGAAGUUGCCGGGUAAGCGGGAGAUCUACGUGGCCAUCAAGACCCUCAAGGCAGGCUAUUCUGAGAAGCAGAGACGGGAUUUCCUGUCUGAGGCAUCAAUCAUGGGCCAGUUUGAUCACCCCAACAUCAUCCGUUUAGAGGGCGUUGUCACCAAAAGUCGGCCAGUCAUGAUCGUCACGGAGUUCAUGGAGAAUGGAGCACUGGACUCUUUUCUCAGGCAAAAUGAUGGCCAGUUCACGGUGAUCCAACUGGUGGGAAUGAUGCGAGGCAUCGCGGCAGGCAUGAAGUACCUGUCUGAGAUGAACUACGUUCACCGGGACCUGGCCGCUCGCAACAUCCUGGUCAACAGCAACCUGGUGUGUAAAGUGUCCGACUUCGGCUUGUCACGCUACCUGCAAGAGGACACAUCUGACCCCACCUACACCAGCUCACUGGGAGGGAAGAUCCCUGUGCGGUGGACGUCUCCAGAAGCUAUCGCGUACAGGAAGUUCACAUCAGCGAGUGACGUGUGGAGCUACGGCAUCGUCAUGUGGGAAGUGAUGUCAUUUGGCGAGCGGCCGUACUGGGACAUGUCUAACCAAGAUGUGAUUAAUGCCAUAGAACAAGACUACAGGCUUCCUGCACCGAUGGACUGCCCCACUGCUCUGCACCAGCUCAUGUUGGACUGCUGGCAGAAAGACCGCAACGCUCGGCCACGUUUUACCGACAUUGUCAACACACUCGACAAACUCAUCCGCAACCCGACGAGCCUAAAGGCUGUUGCUAGCAUGCCGUCCAUUCCGUCUCAGCCGCUAUUGGACAGGUCUCUCCCUGACUUCAACACCUUCAGCUCAGUGGAGGACUGGCUGUCUGCUAUUAAGAUGUCUCAGUAUAGAGACAAUUUUCUCAACUCUGGCUUCACUUCCCUGCAACUUGUCGCCCAGAUUACUUCAGAAGACUUGCUGAGGAUAGGCGUGACUCUGGCCGGCCACCAGAAGAAGAUCCUGAGCAAUGUGCAGACCAUGCAGAUGAGCCAGUGCCAGUCUCCCACAGCACUGGCAUGACUACAGCAGGCGCCAGUCGACGGGCCAGGCAUCCUGCUCAGCGUGCAGGAGCGGGUGAGCACUGGCACGUCGGAGCGCGCCAGGGUUGAGACGGUCAUUCUGAUCUGAUAAAAAGACGCGCAUGUGCUGAAACACACUCCAGAUCAGUGUGUCUGUAAAGAGUAAACAAAACAGGAAUCCCUGUCUGUCUGUCCAUCUAUCUGUCUCUGGCUGUACAUACAGGAUAUCCAUCUGGCCAUUAAUAAAGCAAAAACGGUCAAUCCAUUUCUAAUACCAAGGACAUAUCUACUAUUUUUUCUUCACUUUCAGUUUGCUCAUGGUUCAUCAUGCUGAUUCUUUUCUUUUUCUUAACUAUUUUUAAACUGUGAGCGCAACUGAGGAUCUACUACCAAGAAAAAAAAAACACCUCCUGAUGCACUUCUUUUUUUGGUUGCUGUUAUAUAUUUAUUUUCUUUUCUAUUGAAACGAAAUACAGCUAUACCUCGUAGUCCUCUGCUUCCCAGCAUCACUACCUGACAGCCGGCUUUGCCAAAGGACGUCUUGAACGGCCUGCGUGUAUAUCUUUAAAUAAAUAUGAAUAUAUCUCUGGAGUAAACCUUCAUAUUGAAGGUGCUUUGUAAAAGAUACAUAUGUGCAUACUUUUCUCCUGCUUGGGUUUUGGGCACAGUGUGCAUUGCGUGGAUAAUACUGGACUCAUGGUAGACUCCAAAGAAAAGGAAUUUAAUGUAGUCAAGCUGGGGAAAUGAAAUGAAGCCCAAAAGGACAAUCUUCAAAGAUUUGUGGCUGUCGCGGAGCAAAACACUGUAGAAAUGUGAUUUAAUUGUGUAUAAACAACUCGUAGGGUAAAGCAAAUGAAACCUUCAGGCUACCAAACUGGACGAUGUAUAUUGUAGAAGUUUCCAUGCUGAUGAACACUUAACUGUACAGUUUUUCUCCUUCUUCUUCUUCUUCUUCUUCUUCUUCUGUUCAUGUUCUUUUUCUUCCUUUCUUUAUGAUCCUCUCUGGGUUUCUCUUGUUCGUUUGUGUUGGAGUGUAUGGUGGAGCUGUCUAAGGACAGCUCUGUGUGUGUGUGUGUGUGUGUGUUUGCUACCUAAACUCUCUGGUACGUCCAUGUUAGUGUUAUUGCACUGUUAAAUAUGCUGUACUGCUGUUCGUCUUCAAAACAGGGUCUUCAAAAUUCGCUAAUCAAGUGUUUACAUGUUCAAUGAACUGAUGAGCAUAUAGUCAGCUAGUGCUAGGAUGAUCAGCAUGAGUCUCUCUCUCUCACACACACAUAUACACACACAAACACACGUUUAAUGUGUGGGGCAUGAAGCACCAUAUGUGUUCUGAUAACAUUGUUGAACCUAGUGCACAAGGUCCCUGACAUCAGUCUGGUGCAAAGAGUGACUGGUCAUCUGUGGCUAGGCUGUACAUCUGCACGAACCUUUGCUAACAGAUGCCUGGUGCCCUAUCAAUGAACACAUUCUCCUGAAGUGAUAAUUGAGAUCACACACACACACACACACACACAUACACACAGGCUUUGGGCUAUGUCCUGCUCUCGCUUCUUUGGUUGCCACGGUGAAAGUAGCACGACCUUGCAUACUCUUAAUGGGGAUGGGGAAGAUGGGAUGGGGAUGCUGGCCUGAGAUGAAGAAGGAAGCAUUAUUCUAGUUUAGAAGUUAAUGAGCAAAAGAUUCAGGGUGAGAGUAUGUUUGCUGAAAGCAAAUGGUCUCUCUCUCUGUCUCUCUCUCUUCCUCCCUCUGACUCUGCCCUUAUUUUAGGCCUUGCUCCAUUCUCUUCUCCUGUGAACAAUAUUAGCAGUGGUUAGGGUUAUGAAAACACAGAGAGGGCUUUCACAGACCAGUGUGUUAGCAAUCAAUGGAUGUGUAUUUAGAGACCACCUUUUCUUCUUCUUCUUCCUCUUUCAGUUCUAGUGCUGAAAAACAGGGCAGGAAUGCCAUUGUUGUACUUCUGAUGGUCAGGGACUUGUAAUAGGCUGCUAUGGGAAAGUGAGAGAAAGAUGGCUGGAUGGAUGGAUGGAUGGACGCAUGGAUGGAUGGAUGGACGGUUGGAUGGACCGAUAGAUGGAUGGACGGAUGGACAGACAGAUGGAUGAAUGGACAAAUUGGCAAAGGUUUCCAGGGAAGAACUCAAGUGACCUGGGCAGAGCCCUGACCUCAACCCCACUGAACACCUUUGGGAUAAAUUAGAAGGCUGACUACACCCCACGCCUUCUUGCCUGACCUCAGCACCCAACCUCACUAAUGCUUUUGAGAUGAAUGGGCCAUUCUUCAGAGCCACACACUAAAAUCUAUUGGAAGCCUUCCCAGAAGAGUGGAUUAUAACUCUUUCCCAGAAGAGUGGAAGUUAUUAUAACAACAAAAUGGGAACUAAAUCUGGAAUGGGAUGUUCAAAAAACGCACAUGGGUGUGAUGGUCAGGUGUCUACAAACAUUUUACUAUAUAGUGUAGGGUGAAUGGAUGGACAAAUUGAUGGAUGGACAAAUUGAUGGAUGGACAAAUGGAUGGAUGGAUGGAUAGAUGGAUAGAUGGAUGUAUGGAUAGAUGGAUGGAUAGAUGGAUGUAUGGAUAGAUGGAUGGAUGGGUGGGUGGAUGGGUGGAUGAGUGAAAGGAAGAAAGAAUGUAUAGAUGGGCAAAUGGGUAAAUUUACCAUUUUUUUUUAAAGUCUAGAUUACUCGCUGGCUGGCUGGCUAGCUGGAUGGAUGGAUAGAUGAACACAUUGAUGGUUGGAUAGAUGAAUGGAUGGAUGGGUGAAAGGAAGAAAGGAUGGUUGGUAGAUUGGGUAGAUGGAUGGACGACUUGGAUGGAUGGCUGGCUGGAUGGAUGUGUUGAUGGAUGGUUGGGUGUUUAGAUGGAAGGAUGAACAAAUGGUUGUAUAGAUGGUCCGUCGUUGGAUGGAUGCAGUAGACGAGUGGAUCGAUGUACCAAUAAAGAAAGGGUUCAAUAAAAACACAAGCUAGUCUGAUAUGUUCUUAAUUAUGUCGCAUACAAUACAUUACCUACAUCAAAUGUUGAAUAUUUGAUUGAGUCUAUAAAAGAUUUUUUACAAUAUAAACCUUCAUAUAAAUCAUGAAGGAGCCACAAACAAUUUAAACCAGGUCACUGUAUCUUGUGGUAAUCUGCAAAGCAAUCACUGGUGUUCUGAUAUUAGUAUUAACUGUGUAAUACAAUAAUAAUGAUCAGAUGUGUAAAUGUAAAGGGGCAUUCUGGCAUAAAACUGGUGUUUAACAUAUUUGUUCCUAUUAUUUAAUACUCUAAUUUUCUAGAUAGCAAGAAUAGCAGAGUAGUACAUCAGUGGGUUUUCUAUUGCUGCCACAUUGUAUUUAUUGCUAUUAUUGUUCUUUCUCUACACUACCUAGCAUGCAUUACUGAAAUGCAUUAUAUAGUUUAUGGAAACUCUAGCAGAAUGUAGCACAAAAGGCAAGAUUCAUUUGAAGAUUUCAUUUCUAGUAAAUAUGUAUGGAGUGGCGAAAGCUAAACACUAUAAGAGAGAUGAUUUUAAUUUUUGCCAGAAUGUCCCUUUAGCUCUUUCUCUACAAUCCAUGGACAUGAAAGUGUGUGUUUCCCUGUUCUUUUCAUAUCUUGCUCCAAUCCGUUUCUCCUUAUUCUACCAAAGAAAAAAAAACACACACACACAAAGAAAAAAGCUGGCAAUGCUGAGUUUCACCUCGAGGAGAUUUAGCCUCAUGUCCUGACAAUGGAUUCAUGUCCAAGACAAUGUGGAUGUGUGUUACACUGGGAUUUGCUGCUUUUAUUCUAAUUUUAUCACUCUUUGCUUGGAGUGUAGACAUACAAACACUCACUUCUGUGCAAUUUUGGCAGAAUUAUACCAGUGCUUCUUUUUUAGCAUGCCAACAGCAGAGCAAGGCAUGUCACGUCUGGAUGUUUCCCUGCACGGCUCACACAUGCGGGCAAAUGCGGGAGAAUAGAUUUAGUGUCUGGCUGUAAGGCUAUGUGUGUGUAGGUGUAUGUGUGCAUGGGAUUAAAACGACUGUCUGGAACCCAGACAGUGUCCUUGUACACAUAUACUGUAAGGGAGAGAGUGAAAGAGACACACACACACACAGUGUGUGAGAGAAAGAGACAUAGAGAGAGAGAGAGAGAGAGAGAGAGAGAGGAUGGACACUAGAAGCAUGGCAUGGACACUCGUUCCCACGUUUAUGUAUAUAUAGAUUUAAAGGAAAUGCCCUUCAUUUCCUGCUUUGUGUCUCUGUAUAGUUAAAACCUGUUUAUUGUGAUGAGUAUGUCAGAGUUUGUAACUGUAACUUUCUGAGAAAUAUUGUACUAAAAACACACUCAAUAAAGAUCUUGGUAGUCCAGAACUCACACAAUGUGAAUAUGUGUUACGUUCAAUGUUUCUAGAGAAAAGGAACCAUGUUUCUUUUUCUCGUUGUAUAUUUAAUUUGAGAGGCAAGAGGUGACUGAGCUUUGAGAAUGAAACCAAUUUGUCAUUGUGUCAAAUGAAAAAAGUGUUGUGUGGGAAAGCGGGUAUCCUAGCAGUGGGAAAAUGUAUGUGUUGAUACUGCAUUGCAGAAUCCGUCAGAAAGAGAGUGAAAGAGAGAGAAAUUAGCUUUGUCAAAUACCAUACACUGAAUAGAGCUGGGUGAUAAUUGGAAUUUUCCCUGACAUCAGAAUUUUAUUUGUUUUAUCAACCUUAUUUCGGAAAAUGCAAUAUUGGUUGGUAGUUUCAUUGCAGCUCGUUGCAACUCUUUAUUAUACAUUCAAAUUACUUCAGACUGAGUUUGGCUGCUUUGGAGCCUGUCAUUAAAAUGCUGCCGAGGGUAAAAUAGCUAUAUUGGGACGGAAAUGGUGGCUCAGUGAUUUUGGGCAACUGGUCAGAAGGUUGUGAUGUCAAAUCCCAGCACCACCAAACUGUCAUGAUUGGGUCUCUGAGCAAGAACCUUAAACCACCAGCUGCUCUUUGAAUCCUGCUUCAGUUGUAAGGCACUUUGAAUGAGUAAAUAUAAAUCUUAAUAUUAUUGCUCUCUCUUUGUGAUUCUGAAAAUGUACCCACUGAAUGUUUGCAUAUAUGGUUUGACUUUUGCCUUCUUUUCUUACGUUCUUUUUUCCUCCCAUUUUGGUCAUUGCCAAUUAGCUAGACUUCCCCUACUGUGUGACAGCUACCACCCAGGAAAGGUAAGGGCUAACAGAUGUUUUCUCAUCUGCGGGUGCAGUUGUGCCAGUGUAACAGAUCAGACUCAGACAGAGAGCGAGGAUCCACGUUCAGAAGAGGUUUAUUGCAGAUCAAGGCAUUGUCAUCUCAGUCCAAUUUCAAAAUGUCAAAAGACAAUUUGGAAGAAGUUCUCAAGGCCAAAGAAUAAAUGAGUAGACAAAAUAAGGGUUCAAACAGUCAAGACAGGCAGCAAUAAAAAUGGCUCCGAACAUUCUCAGUGCAGUAUAAGACUUCGCAAAGAGUUCAUAAAAACCGUGUGCUUAUACAGUGCAAAAAAACAGGAAGUAACCAGGAAGUUGAUUUCAGAGCUU